ACCGGAGAAUCGCGUAGGAGGAAGCCGAGAAACGUGCAUCGCAAUCGCUUUUUGCUAAUUGGGAAUUAUAAUCGCCGGUAUUUGUUUUUCUUAUUCGUUUUGGUUUUGUGGGGAGUUGUGUUGGUUCCAACAGUCUUCUUGCUUUCCAGCGUCGUACCGUCACAGCCCGAUGCCGUCGAAUUGACGACACCGAAACGGAAGUGGUCGGAAGCGCCGCACCACCCUCCGACACGUCUAUUUUGAUCGAUGACAAUCGCGGCGUCUAGGACCCGCAACGUGGACGCUGCAUGUAAUCAAGUUGGCCGGCGUCCAGCUGGCCCGCGACCGAAUCCGUGCGGACCAUGACAACGCGCGAGGUUGUCUUGGACGGAGGUUCGCCGUGGGGUUUUCGCAUGCACGGCGGCGCCGAUCUCAACCAGCCGCUUAGGAUAUCGAGGGUUAAUCCAGGCAGCAAAGCAGCGCAUAGAGGCAUCAGAGAAGGCGACCUGAUCACCAGCAUCAACGGCCAAAGCACCAGGGAUAUUUCGAAUGCCGACGCGCACAAAUUACUGAAACACGCCGGGGAUUCACUGGUGUUGGGGUUGAACGAGGAGCUGAGUGGAUCGCCGAAGAGGCGUCAAUAUAAGACCGUUCACCAGGAAACCCAUUCAGAGACCGUUAAGAGGUCUAGUAUAACCACAUACUCAAUCAAGAAGGAAAUAGUAGAAUCCAGUGAUUCGAAGCCAAGAAGUAACAACGAAAAUAGCAGUUCCCAGAACAACGAAAAACAAAAACAAAUCAACGGUAAACAGUCUUCCAGCAUAGAAAAGCCGAAGUUAACUAAUUCCGUGUCUAACGAAUCUACGUCUUCGUUAACAGGGUCCGCAAGGAACAACUCUUCAGACAUAGCAAUAGCGUCGCAGAGAUCGUCGUACUCGAAUUUGACACCCAGUCCUUCUACGGCGUCCACUUUAACCGAAGACGGGAAAUCCGCACGCGGUGCUGACGUAAUGGCCGAUAACUCCGCAAGUUCAAGAUCGAGACGGCGACGCGCUAGGAAUAAUCGAAGGAAAAACAAAAACAAGCAGUGCGACGCGGUGAUUGUGGAGGACGACACCAUCGAUGAUGGCGUCGUGGAAACCGAAACCAAAAUACUAAUUAGCGAGCAAGAGGAAACCAAAAUCGAUUAUCGUGUCGAAUCUCCGGAACGUGCGAAACAAACAACCAAAGCCAAAGAUAUAGUUAGGCAAACGUCGAUAACCAAAAGUAAAAGUCUGGACAACGAUGAAAUGUUGAAAAUACAAGAACUGUCCGAUGCCAGUGAAAGUGAAAACAAGGCGGACAAUCAGGGAAUUAUUUCGGAAGCCAGUGAAUCUGAGGUGGAAUGGGAGGAGACUGAUACUAUAAAUGCUCCCGUUGUUGGAAGUGGCACUUUAAGUACCAUGUCCCUCCCACUCGAAAACUACCAUUUGGAAGAAGUCAAUCUCAUCUCUCCGGAGGAAGAACUAACACUAAGAAACUUCCUCGAGGGACUUAACCUUGUAAAUUCUCCGGAGGACUCAGCUCAGCAAGUGAAAGAAGCCAGCACUCCAGAAAGUAUAAAAGCGAAAAAGGCCCAAAAGAGGGCAGCUCUGGAAGAGUAUUUUUUGCCGAAGGUGCACAACCCAAGAUUUUUAGAUGCCAUAAGUGAAGAGCCCAGCGACCAAAGUGACAAGGAAAUCCCAAUGGCAAGAACUAAUUUGAAACAGGGCACUCCUGAAUUAGAAAACACCAAAGAUCUUAGACCGCCUGUUCCUAUCAGAAGGCACAGGAGGUCGAUUAACAGAAAUCAGCAACAAAUAAGCAAUCCGGCUGUUUUAGUAGGCACCAAGAUAAUUGAGACUGUUCCGACGGUUACAGGUGUUCAAAGUGUUACGAGUAUACUACCAGAGACUUCAAAGGCGGAAGUGGUAUUUUUAAGCUCCAGUGAAUCUCCAGAAACUCUAUCAGACAAUGAGGAGGACGCAAACUCGAAGUCUACGUGCUCGACCGGCUCUAACAGCCUGACGGAGUCCACAGAGAAGCUUAGUGAAAAAACUAGUGAUGAUAAUAUUUCUGUCAGUGAGAGUUUAACAGAAACCCAUUCAAAUAUGCCAGAACAGUUGAUGAAAGAUAAUGUUACAACUGUGUCUGAAAAUAAACAAGAAAAUGGUUAUUCACAAUUGCAGAAGAACACUGAAAGCAUAAUACAAUUCACACCGCCCCCCACGCCUGAUAAUUCUCCCAAAACUAACCAAACAAACGUAAAACAAAAUCUUUUAACGUUCACCGAAUCUGUACAGUCUAACGUAACGGUCAACAACUUGGAGAUACUGAAGGAAGUAAUGAAAGACGACAGAUUCGUUUUACUCCCAGAAGAUUUAAAAACGCGAGUUCAAAAUGCCACUCAGGUAAACAAGGACCCAAAAGUAGGGGACGAGGAAAACAAAUUAAAUGACGAAGUCGCCGCGAUAUCAAAGCCCAUUCAAGAGGGCAUCAAAUAUUCAAACGUCAUUAGUCCUCCGGCCCCAUCGAGAUCGCCGUCACCAAGCAGCGAAAGUUCAAUGGACACGUCGUUGUCCACAGCUAAAUACAACCCCAUGAACUCUUCCAUUGGCGACAUGUCGACGUUCACAAAAGAAGACGAAUUGUCAAAAGAUAAAACACUUUUGCAGCCUCUUUCUUUAAGAGAGCAAUGCUUAAAGUAUUUGAUUACGAUGCCUUUUGGUGAGGAGAUAUUACAAGAGCUGGCCGACGUUUCCCAAAGUAUUGAGUCAUACACCAGCAAACUUCCUAGUUCCUUAUUGCCCAAACUCGCUCCUAACCUUCCAGCUUAUGUGUAUAACAAAAACCUGACUGAUAAUAAUAGUGAAUCUUCUAACUUUCCAGUCAAGCCUUGUAAUAGCCAAGAAAUGCCUUCAACACAUUGGGUGGGUAUGCCUACGGAAAAAAAUCCGAAUGUCUUAGUUUGUCUUUCGCCGACGCAAAAGGCGGAACUCGAAAGGUCUAAGAAAGUUCAAGAUGAGGCUGGCAAACUGUUGGAACUGCACGAGAAGUUCAUGUCUAGAAAACUGCACGACGAAGUGACAGAAACUCGCGACGAAACAGUAAAAGUGACCACUAUAAAUAAAUGCAAUAACAAUAUUUCAAUUAAUACACCGACGCACAGAUUAUUGGCAAUCAUCCGAGAAGAGCCAAGUGAAACCGCAAGCGUUGACACAUACGAGACCAAAGACGACAGUAAUACCCUAAACUUCAAAGAGUACAAUCCGAGAACGUUCCCGAGCAGUGCCACAUUGCCGCGCAACAAGCACGGAGAUCAGUCCAACGGAUUUUUGGACGAUGCACGUCUAAAAGCGAAAGAUCUAACCGAGUGGUUGCAAUUAGCGCGGCACAAAAGCAUGAGUGAAUCAAAUAUCACGUUCGCAUCGGACAGACCACAUGUUUCCACAAAUAACCGCAUGCAAUCUGAAAAUAAUUUCGAUCCUAUGCGUCGCCGCACGUCUCUGCCGCAAGAACUCUACGAGCGUCAAAUGCAAUACUUGCUCGAAAAGGAAAGGGACAUCCAGAGGGAACUGGAAAGGGUCGAAGAGGAAAAAAUGAAGCUGGCAUCGGCUGCUUCGCCGUCACGUCAGUUCCACGCUGACGACUACGUGAUAUCGAGAAAGGGCGACUACGCGGUUCACAAUGAGAACAGGAACAAGCCCAGGCCCACGUCAAUGCCGGCCAUACCCACCGAGUUCUUCCGGCAACAGAUGUAUGAGGAGUACAUGAAUCAGAUCGCCGAAAGGGAGGAGCGCAAACAACUGAAAGUCAUCAAGGUGUCGUCGUCGAAACCGAAUUUACACGAGACGGACGCGAAAGAACCGCUGGGGGAGGUUCAACAUGUGCGCGACAUUGAGGAAGAGUUUAUGGAGAAGGUACGACAGAAGAAGGGCCCGGUAAAGGAGGACAGCGCUGAACCACCUGUUGGGGAGGCGCCGGAGGAGGAGGACACUCCGGUGCUGGUCAUCGAUGGCGAAUCUCUCAAAGAUACGAAACAACUUCCUAAACAUCUGAAGGAGUUUAUCGAUAUUACGAAACAAACUUCAGAGACUGUUUUAGAAACUGAACGAGGUAUUUGGUCUCCAGGACAACGGCAGGAAAGUGUAAAAGAGAAUAAACCACAGAAACAAGAAACAAAUGAAACCAUUCCUCCAGUAUGGACACCAAAAAGUGCAAAUUCUAGUCCAGUAGUUGAACGCAAGGAGUUCAAACCGAUUAAUUUCCAAUCGCCAGUAUUAAGUAGAAGAAACAAACCCAGUACCGAGCAGAGUGUCGGAACGCCGGACAGUGGUAAUUCCGAACCGUCUUGGAAAAGCACAGAGGUAGGAAUAAACCUAUCGUCGACAUUAGAAAAACGUCUUCCAACCAGUCAUUCGUUGCCGUCGACUGGAUUUAGUGACUUCACAUCGCCCCGUCUUCCCAAGGCCCAAAAUCCGACAAUUACACUACUUCAAAAAGCAAGAGAAGGACAACUCCCUAGGGGCGCACAUUACAUCGAACCGGACCAGAGCCAACAGCGAAAACCGCAAAAUGAGAGGCCACCUGGCGUGAGUCCAGGUGAAGUUUUGUACACCAUCAAAAACGAAUACGUCAGCGAUUCCGAAACCGAGCGACCUCGAAAGAUGGCCACCCUGGGACCGAGACAGUUCCAAGGCAUAGGACCCACUACCCGAGACGGAAUGCCGCUAAUCCUUAGAUCUGAAGUGAAAGAUUCUGAUCAAUCCAAAUGGUACAAAAAGAUGUACGAUACAAUACACAAACAAAAACCUCAAAACGGCGAAUUUAUAACAGUUCGAUACAAGCAACGCAGAGCCCAAUACCCUUAUACAUCAGGUUACAUGUCUGAGCCAGAGCCCGGAGCGUACGACAGUGACUACACGGACUACAAGUACGCUACAUUGGACAGGAGACGCACUCCGUUUAAAGAACGGGAACACGAGAUUCCCACGUCUAAUACUAUUCCCAGGAAUUUACCAAAUAAAUCGUUGUCGUCGACAGAUGUUAUAAGGAACGGUACGGAUAUGAAGCCCGGACGAAUUGAAAACUACACUCCUGGACAUUCAUCAAUUGCCGAGAAAGAAGCCAAAGAAUGGUGGGACGAAGUCAUGGAUAUAUUUGACGGGUGGCUGGACGACAACUCUCCUCUUCCCAGCUACGACAUCAUGAUGGCGAGGGCACUAGCAAAAUCUCAUUUGGAUCAACAAAAGAAAGUGGCCCCUCACCCCAAGAGUUUUAUCAAUCAGGCUCUUAAGGAAUCAGGAUAUGAAAGUGACUCCACAUUGGUAUUUAAGAGGAAAGAAGAUAUGUCCCAACAACUCAGUAGUCAGGAACAAAAGGAAGCCUACAAAAUAAUCCAAAAAGGUGGUGAUGUUCCUCUACAUGGCCUUAGAAAACCGGCUCCGGAGAAACCACAAGAACCAGAGGCUCCACCGCCACCACCAAAAGGACAAUAUCUCGUAAGAAGUCAAAGUCAAGAGUCUCCAAGAAAAUAUGUGGAAAAAGAGGUGACGAUACACUACAAGACGCCCGUAAGGCAGGAGAUAAAGGAAUACUUGAGCGAAGACGAGCUCGCUUACAAACAGGCCGAGGCCAUGAAGAAGAUUUACCAAGAAGAGCGUCGUCGAAAAUAUCUUCAGGUUAGCAAGUCUCUUCAAGAGCUGCAGGACAUGAACAGCCGCCGGCACACGGACAACUUCAUCCCGUCACAGAAGUCGCCGAUCGCGCUCAACCGCUACGACGACUUUGACGAAGUGGCGCCGGGCGGCGGCGUGAAACCGCGCCCCCGCUCGCCCGAGCCCAGGCUCUUCGCCCGGGCGCUCUACAACUUCGUCGGUCAGACGGCGCGGGAGCUCACCUUCCGCAAGGGCGAGAUCAUCCACGUGAGGAGGCAGAUCGACAAGAAUUGGUACGAGGGCGAGCUCAACGCAAUGGUCGGGCUCUUCCCCGUCAAUCACGUUGAGAUCAUCCCGUUCGACGCGCCGAAAACGGUCGCACCCACCGCCCGCAAGUCGUACGAAGGCCAGGCCCGAGCCAAGUUCAACUUCGUCGCCCAGACCCACCUCGAGCUCUCCCUCGCCAAAGGCGAACUGGUAACGAUAACUCGUCGCGUCGACGAUAACUGGUACGAAGGCAAGAUCGGCGGUCGCAAGGGCAUCUUCCCCGUGUCCUACGUGGAGGUGCUUAUCGAUCCGCACGAUCCGCCGCCGCCCAGCACGAAACCGGUGGCGUCGCCAGCCGCCCAUUCGAUCCUCCUCAACGGUUCGUCGCAGGGCAAAGAGUCAAUGGGCACGCACUCGUACGUGCCCACCCUGCCCAAUCCGCAGCUGACCGCCACCACCUACCAGGCGAAGCCGGUGCAGAUCACGGGCAGCGGCACAUACGGCUCGCUCAACAGGUACAUGAAGAAUCCUGUCAACCAGGCACUACACAUCGAGACACAGUCCGAACCCACUCCUUAUCGAGCGUUGUACAAGUACAAGCCCCAGAACGACGAUGAGCUGGAACUCAUGGAAGGAGACACGGUGUUCGUGUUGGAAAAGUGCGACGACGGUUGGUACGUCGGGUCCAGCGAGAGAACCGGAGCCUUCGGCACCUUCCCCGGAAACUACGUGGAGAAAAUCUAGCAAAUCAAAUGAACUCGUUGAUUUUUUUGUUUUUAUUUUGUAUGAUUACGUUUGAAAAAUUAACUGUUAAAAUUCAAAAUUGACUAACACACAUUUUCACAUGAUUUUAGUGUUUUGGCCUGAACGCAGAUUUGUCCUACUUACAACAAGAAAAGUUGAUGAAAACUUAAAAGUUAAACACAACUAUGCUAACAAACAAACCAUUGCCAUAGAAUUUAAUGUACUUUGUGAAACAAUUUUGUGGCCACUUCAAAAAUAAAUAGCUAUUUUUAUACUUUUUAAACAGAGUGUUUUAGAAUUUAUAGAUUUAGUUUUGAAAUGGUCGCUGAAUUUUUCAAAUACUCUCUCUAUUGUAAUUAUUAAGCUUGUAGAAUAAUUUGUAAAAAAUAGUUUAUAUAUUAUAAGCAUCUAGUCAUUAGCCAAAUAAUUUAUAGAUUUAGGUUCGAAACACAAACCAAAAAUGUCCCAAUAAAGAUAUUUGUAGGUCCUGUUCAUGGAACUUAGCAAAUUUAGUGUAUUUGAAAUUGUUCUUCCACACAAGAUAAUUUUAAUGAUCAAAUUCAUUAACAUAUCAAUUAUGAUCACUCGUUUGAAAAGGUAUCGGACAAAUUUUAGACUAAGAUAAACAGAUAAUCAAUAAUGUUUUUGUCUGUUAUUGUUAAAUAAAAUAUAUAGUCACUUGAUCGUGUACUGGUAGAUUGUAUGUUAACUGUUUUACAUAACAAAAAACUACUUCAACUUCAAAGCAUUUGUGAAACAUAUGUAUUGUCUUCGGCGUUCUGGAUUCGAAUUUCAUUCUUGGAAAUUUGAUCCAGAUUUCUUUUUACAUGUAGAUAUUUAUAACGUGUUCCUGCGUUUUGAUCCCCCCAUUAUACAAGACUUGAUCCUAGGAGUGCCUUUUACAUACAAUACCUAACAUUAUAAUUGUUAUUAUUUACUGCAUUCAUAGUUUAUUUACACUCUAGAUGAAGUGAAUAUGCUUAAAAAUUGUCACUUAUGUUUAUUUAUAACAUUGUUUUACAUUAAAAUAUAACGUUUCA